AUGGCAAUCAUUCGCGACAUGCCCCCAGAGCUCAUGGCUCGGGUUUUCGGCCUGGCUAUCGAAGGCGAUUGUACUACAGCCACUGAAAGCGUCGAGGGGUCUUACUCGGAGUUUACCCUCCCAUCACUUCAAAUCACUUUCCAGCAACUACUGCGUCUAUCCGGCGUUUGUAGCCACUGGAGGAAUAUAUCCUUGGAUGAAGCGCGUCUCUGGACCCGAGUGUUUGUUGGACAGAGGGCAGGUGAAAUCGUCGGCCUUUUCUUGUCUCGAUCGAAGGCACUGGGGCUAUCUAUCGACAUCGACCUACCAACUGUUGAGAACAUCCAAGCAUGGUCAACUCUGAAAAAAGCAUUCACUCCGGACGUCUUGACUCGCAUACAAUCACUUCGAAUUUCUGGUUCUCAACCAUCGUUAGAAAGGAUGAUCGGCAUUCUCUCCCAUGGGCGGUUAAUAAAGCGCUCCGGGAAGUUAACUCAGCUCCAUUUAGUCUGCGCCCCUUCCGGGGACGAUGGGCCUAUAGACGUAACUCGGGCUGAGGCAGAUCCGCGUACUAACAUACUCCCUAUUGGUGGUGCGUCACUCGCUUGCAUUCGUAUUGAGGGAAUCGCCAUCGGGCUCCUGCCACAAUGGAGCGUGUCCGAGUUGGUUAUCCAAGAUGCAGCUAUCUCCCGGUUUGAGCUCAGGCAGUUACUUACAAGUGCUGGCGUUGAGCACCUCACCUUGCGCCGAGUCGGAAUCCCGGUUGGAAUUGAUUAUAGGACUGCCUCCCAGCUUCAGCUCGUCGAAGCAAGGUCACAUGCGGAGACCCCAGUUCGACUCACCACGCUCGAGAUCGACAACCCGAUUGACCUUCAUGCGGGUUUGGAAAACGAUGUCCGCCGACAUCCAGCUCUCAAUUACGCCUCAUUUUUCUCAGAUAUUAUGAUUGAAGGUGCCACUGACACGUUGAAGGAAGUGAAAUUCGUCAACCUUUCUCAAGUCGCCUGGGAUGCGCUGUUCAUGCUCUUCAAGCAGGGCUUGGGAAGGAAGCAGUUCAUUCAAACGUUAAAGGUGGAGUUAUGUUGGGAUUUUGGGGUGCCUGAGACGCUGGCCCAGGAAGAACUGCGGAAGGGAAUAAGGAUUCUGCGCAAAGUCUUUCCAGAAGCAGACAGGAGGCAGUGGUACAGCUUGAUCGAUCUGUAG